AUGGAUUCUCCAACAGAAACUGGAAUAGAGAUCCCUGAUGGUUCCAGCUCGUUCGAAGAAAUCCCAGCAGUUUCAGACCACAGUGGCUCUUCUUCUCCUGUAACUCCAAAGGCUGAAAGAUUACCUGUAUCUCUCACCUUUGGUAGUGGCGGCUCUUUUGAUGAUGCUACUCCCAAUCACGAAGAUUCUGAUUCUUUUUUUUCCGAGUUGGACUCAGAAGCUGAGGCCUUUUACUCUUCUCUCAACCACCGCCUGGUCUCACCAGGGUUUAUGGAUGGCCAUGAGUUUUCUGAUAAACAGAUGAGCUGUAGAGAAUUAAUGAAGAAGUUUGCUCAAUGCGAGGAAGAGCUAAGGACUGCAAGUCUUAAGCUCCAAGAUGCUCAGCAAGAGGUUGAGAGACUAAAGUGUGAGGCUGCUGAGAAUCUACGCGCUGAGCUUGAAACUGCACGGAGAGAGAUAGAGACGAAGGAUGCAGACGUUGAGACUGAGAAAAGGCGAGCUCUCGAGCUGCAAAGACAUGUGGUUGAUUUGGAAUCUCAGCUCACUGACUCCACUCUCAAAUUUGAAAAAUCUAACAGUCUAAAAGCGGAGAUGAGAGCAAGGGACGUCGAUUUCAAGCAGAUGGAGGAGCAACUUAACCAGCUGGUGGUCUAUAGGGAGGCCGAGCUUGUGUCUGAAUCAGGAAAUGGCAAGAGCACUGUGGAAGAGCUGAGUGCAAGGGUUAAAGAGCUAGAGAAGCAAGCGGAGAUACAGAGAAAAUGCAUUAUCAGAAGGAGAGGAAGAUAA